AGACUUUUUACGGCUAAAGUUAUAGCGUUAAAGAGUUGGAGGAAUUGAACCAGUUCAUGCGACUUGCAACUAUAGAAAAAUGUUUUGUAAAUUACGAUCUGCAUUUGACUAAAAGAGAAGGUAGCCCUGAAAAAUUGAGGAAGCUGAUAAUGGAUGCCGGAUUUGCAGUUGUUAAGAAAAUUUCCCGUGAUCUUUUGCAUGUUUUUGCUUUUGAUGACGUCAUAAUAUUAGCUAAGCGGGAUAAUUCUAUUCAAACGUCUUUUGUCUAUAAAUUGGAAAAGGAGUGGCCGUAUGAAAACAUUUGGUGCUAUUGGAGCAAAAAUGAUAAAAACGUUUUGGUCCUCGGCCACCCCUCCGCGACUCUCCUUUUGACUCCCGACGACGAAGGGGAGCGAGUCUCCACGUGGUAUUCCGUUCUCACCGAGUUGAUAGCCACAAGAAAGUCCACCGCCGUUGGAUCUACCGGGGAAGUAAAGGUCUACCUUGACGGCCACAGCAAUGUUAAGUCGCCUUACGUGUUUGUAGAGAUUGGACGGAGUUCCACAGCGGACGAUUUUCGCGCACUUGCCUUGCCCCUCUUUGGCAUUAAUGAAAAAAGAUUUACAAAGUAUCUCCUCAUUGAAUCGAUAGGGGAGGUGGAGCGUCGUGUUGCGCCCUAUGAAUGUCCCUUACUUCUACAUCAGUAUUAUCUUCAGGAAAAGAUGGAGUACAAGUUUAUACUUCGCUUUUUUAUUGAGCAAUAUCAGGGUGUUGAUGGCGAAAUAACGUCUCCCAUUCAAACCCCGUCUGGCUUUCCUUCGGUAGAUUCUUCUAGUCACUCGCGCAAGCAGCACAGAAAGUCCAGGAGCACACUUAAACUUGGCAAUAUAAAUGUGUUUAGCAAGAGUUCAAAGUCCAAAGUGCCUUUUCCUGCUGAACUGACGCGCUUCGAAACGGCGGGCUCUACAAAAGACAGUCAAUUUUUUGGCAUAAACUAUUGUGAGUUAGUUGCCAAAAUUUUGAAUAGCGCUAGCAACGAUGACGACACACUAAUCACUCAAAAAGCUGCUGCUUUUGUUCCUGCUCCACUGAAGGAUCUACUGUUUAUAAUUUAUAGGGACGGUCCAUCUACUCUAGGAAUUUUUAGAAAGUCCGCCCACAGCGCGACGGUGCAGCACGUUCAAGAAACUUUGAAUGAAGGGAAUCCCUACGAUGUUCUUUCUCUUGGGGUAAGAGAGGCCGCCUCGCUUAUAAAGGCGUUUUUCCGUUCCCUUCCUGAAUGCAUUUUUUCUACGGAAUACUACAAGGUACUUUUAAGCGUGUCUGAGAGUCCAGAAGAUGAAAAAAUCGCAACAGUGAAGAGCGUUUUAAAUUGCUUACCUAAUCCCUGUUUCUUGCUGGUGUCCAUAUUAUUCCGUGUGCUGCUAGCAGUGGCAAAAAAUGCAGAAAGUAAUAGCAUGACUGUUGAAAACUUGGCCAUCUGCGUUGGUCCCUCACUACUAUUUGAUCCCGAAAAGAUUGUUCCUGAUCCCACCGAACUCUCGGCUGUUCAUAAAAUUGUGGGGACCUUAAUUACUCACUGCAGUAUUUUCUUUGGCUCGGAGACCAUUGAGUGUUUUGAUCUUCAGUUGCAAAACCAAGCCGAAGCUCUCUGAAAUUUAAGUAAUAGCAUUACUCAAACAAAAAUUUUCAUAACUUC